CUCAAGUGAGAAGUUUUGACAUUGUUAAACAAGAAAAGAAAAAAAAAAAACUCGAUGCCAAAACAAAUGCCACUGUGUGCUCAAUCUUGAUUCGGGAAUCAUCUCCCGCGCGAGGCCACUGUGGGCUCAACUGUGGCCAAAGCAAAAUUCGAAUCCAUGGCUACCACCGGAACUCGAAAUCCCUCCGCCGUCGGCAACCCACCGCCGGCUCCACUGCUCUCUGAUACAGACAUAGUCGAACUAGCCCGACAAUACCACCCGCACUCAUCUACCCCCCUCCCUCAGUUCCUCCUCAGCGAAGCCUCACACGAGAAGCUCAUCUCCCACCUCCACGCACGCGCCGCCGUUCCCAAUUCAUCACUCUCUGUCUCGGAGUAUGUUUCCGCCCUUCUCUCCCUGACUCAACUCCACCCUUCCCUAUUCUCUCUAACAUCCACCCUUAUCCUCUCAUAUACGUCUCUUUUCUGUUCCAGUAAAAUUCCCCAUGACCGACAUUCCCUCUAUACUAUCCAGCUAUUCACCCCCCACCUCGACUACAUUUCAUCUUCAGAUUUGGUCUCCAUCGCCGACAAAGUUCUGUGCUAUGUCCACCAAAUUACCGACCCUGAUGAUUCUCACAUUCUAGUUCUUCUCUCGAACUGCCUUCGACUGAUAAGAACGUCCAGAGAAAUGGAUAAUCCCAUCCAUUAUUUUAAUUCAGCUGUCGAUAGAAUGCUUAGUUUUAACUGGAGUAAUGUUUUCCUGUUGAAAAUAGUGGAGAUUCUAAGCGAUUUUUCUUUUCUCUAUAAAAAUAAGAAAGAGGACUUGCUGGAGAAGAUCUUCAAUGGAAUGAAGAAUGUGGACAUACAAGACUUGCCAGGUCUUGUGUAUCAGUUGUUGGUUUUGGCAUCAAAAGGUUUCGGGAAGAGGGAAGUUAUUGAAGGUGACUUAAAGGAAGAGUAUUUUAAGACAGCAAGAGUAAUGGAGAAAGCACUGCUUAGAACCGUUAAUGAGAGCAACUGUGGAAGGGAGCAUGUGGUGCCCAACAUUGUACAACUUGGGUUUUUAAUGCUUGAAGGUGUUGAGGAAGGAAGCCAUAAAGACUUCAACAAGUUAGAUGGCAUCAUGGGUCCUGAGGAACUAGGUACUGCUAUGCUCAGAAGUAUAUUUGAAGUUCAUGAUAUGGCCAGAAAUGAGAUAAUUGAGCAGUGCAAACUCCGCAUUCUUUCUUUGAAUCCUGAACAAGGUCUUCUGAUUGUAAGACUGCUUGGUUGUCUAAUCCGGAGAUAUUCAUAUCCGAUGCUUGAACAUAUCUCACAUCUGAAAGCAUUAUUGGAUUAUUUUACAUUCAUGAAUGGCAAGGUGUCCUCUCAUUUGGUUACUGCCCUUUUGCCUCUCGUCAAACAAAGUCAUGAUCUCCAGGAUUAUAUCAUUCUAGUCUUGCGUAAAGCUAUGUUUAGAAGAGAGGAUUCAGUUCGUUAUGCAGCAAUCAGUUCCAUUAUUGAUUUGGUAUUGGGAGAAAAACAACAUCAAAGAGCCGAUACAUUUUCUUUACAAGAAUCAAGCAGCCAAGCUAGUUGUAGCCAGCAGGCUGAAGUUCUAUGUGCAGCUGAAUCUGGUUUGUUCUUGGAGCUUAAUGGAUCGCUGCAGAGAUGCUUUUAUCAGCAGGCAAGAGUCAGAGAGAUCCUUUACUAUGGACUGGUUAAGCUUGUUUUGGUGGAUCCUUUAUCUGCUGGGCCUGUUCUUGAUUUUCUCUUGCCUCACUUCUUUCAGUUUUACAAGGAGGAUGCAGAUGUUCAGUUGAAUGCCUACCAAUGCGUUAAAUCUGAAAGUGGGAAAAUUUAUAUUGAGGAGCCACUGGAUUGCCUUCUUUCCUGCAUCUCUUGGAUUCUUAUUCUCCAGCCACAUGGUAAAACCGGCGAUUCUUCAAAUUCAUGGGCUUCAUUUGGCUUCUCUCUGACACAAGAAAAUGAGGAAGGAAGAGCAUGGUCUGCAGAGACAUUGUCCAACGCAUUUUCAAAGCUCCGAAAGUUUCUGAGAAAGGGAGACUUUGAAGGCUUAUUAGGUAAAACCAAGGAUGCUAGUUCUACACCUCUAGAAGAAGAAAAGCGCAAAGGCACUUCAUUGAUUUUGUCAGGGAUCAUUGAAGUGAUGCUGAAUAUCAUCAUCACCGACUUCGGUAAAGCGAACGAUACAAAAAAGAUGGAUUUAGAGAAAGAGAUGCUUGAGUUUGUUAGGAUUCAUGAAUCAUUGCGAAAAAAUGUGUGUACCACUAGGCAGAGUGGUGGGGUGAAAAGAGGCUCCCUACGCCUUACAGCUAAUGAUGUCUCCGAAAGGCUUGAUAUAAGUUGCACUGUAUUGUCCGAGGAAAGAGUUCCUUUGCUUGGAACCCCAGCCAUUUGUCAGCUAUUGUAUACUGCUCCAGAAUCAUUGAUGCUUGGUGGCUCUGAGGCCCCUCAAAAUCAUAGCCAGCCUUCAUCGGGAAAGGAUUCAGCUCCAUAUGCUAACAUUUUUUCUUUUGCCUUAGAACUUUGUAUGCGUCAACUGAAAUCUUACAAUUCUGCGGCAAAAGAGGACCCAAUGAAGAUGUUGGUAUAUGGCGAUAUCAAACAAUUGGGACCCCCAUUGCUGAAGAUGGCUUGGUUUCUUAUGUCAGCAUCUAUUUCUGACAAAUUUAUCAAGAAGGAUGCUUGCAGGAAGAAAGGUGUUAAUGGCAAGAAGGAGCACCUCCACUCAGUAUUAGUGUGCUUGAAAGAAUUGAUAAAAAUAAGUCUUCUUCACCCCGGAUAUAUGGAUUUAAUGGAUGGUCUGUUGUCUGUCCCUGUUCCAGAAGAUAUUCCAAUAAGAGGUGCCGAUCAUGGUUCAAAUGAUGAAUAUGCACCUGCCAAUGCUGUAGUUAUGAAAAGUGAUGAGCUAUUCAUUCAAAAGUGUAUACGGCCAAUGCUUUAUGAGCUACUUGCACAAUCUUUCUUCCUUGAAGUUGAGGUGCUUUCAAAUAUUUUAAAUUUAAUUGCCGCUAAACUACUGCCUGAGGAGCGGAGAGAUUUUGUUGGAAAUUGGGCAAGGGGCAUCUGCAAAAGAAGAAAUGUAUCAAAUCCCAGGGUUGCUAAAAGUUUUGCCAGCCUUGCUUUAUCUUUAAGCUCAGCGCCAAAUGACAUGAUUAUUGCCCAAGACAUGGCCAAAGAGCUCUUAAAUGUUGUUGGAAAAGAGGAUAGUGUUCCAAAAGAGAUAUCAUCUGCUUAUUCUAUCAUAAACAAAUCAACUAGCACCCACAUUGCCUCAAUCAUACUGCAAUUCCUUGAUUCAACUAUCUCUGACAUUGAAUGUAUCAGCAUCAAGUUAAAGGAACGCCCUUGUUCAUAUAAAAGAGAUUGUUCUAGUCAACAGUUUGGUGAAAAAACAUUAGAAUUGGUCAUGGAAGAAACACUUUAUUCAAGAGCAGGAGCUGUUGUAAAGGUGGCAUCCUUUUUUGUAUUAAUGAAUCUCCAGGAUCACGAGGCAGAACAGCUGUUAAUAAUGUGUGCAAGGUUUUACAAAAAUUUAGCCCGGAUAUCAAAGCUCUGCGUUGCUUCUAAAGGCUGCAAGCAACGCUUACCCAGUAUGAAGUUCCAAAAGCUCGUGGAAGAAACUUUCAGGCAGCUAACAACUCCCCUAUACACUUUUGUAGCAAAUGUGCAAACGAAACAACAAGAGAGUGAAAAAUGUAAAGGAUUUGCGAACAAGAUAAAAAGGGAAAACAGAUGCAUCCCUGACUUGAUCUACCAGAUUGAAGAUUACGAGAAAUACCUAAUUCAGCUCAGCAAGGCAAGCAAAGUGAAUUUGUUGAGGCACGCAAAGCGCAGCACUUGCAGGGAUUUUAAGAUACAGUUUGCCAUGGAGCAGAGAGAUGGUAAUGGUGAUAAUGCAGUUGUUGCUGAGACUGAAUCAUCAUCCAGUGAAGGGAAUGAAGCUGAAGAUGAGGCAUCAUUGGCUGCAGACAAUAGAGGAGGAGGGCAUUUUUCAGCUAGUGUGGAGGACUCAGAGUGUGAGGAUGAAGAAUCAGAACUCGAUGAUGGAGCUGCUUUUAACAAGACGAAGAGAUCAAAAACUAGAAUAGUGGAAGACUCAGAGGAAGAAGACGCACAAGGAAUUGAUAGCCCAGACCGUAAGCCUGCUGCUGUGGUCAGAGGCUCGGGUCAGACCAUGACAAGUCAGCUUGGACGUUAGUUUGAGGCUCAAGACAAAGGUACUAGUUGCUGAGUUGGCUUAGAAUAGGACCUCUCCAAAUUGCUCGCAGCACUGUCCACAAGUUGUGUUGGAGUCUUGGACCCAUCAAUGGAGCAAUAAAUCCAACAUUGGCACCGUUUGUCAUAAGAAAAGCUUCUGUGUUUG